AGAAAGACAGACAUAUAACACACUGCAAUCCAUUGCCUUUUUAAUCACAAGUAGUUCCGCUGAAUGAGACUGAUUCAACAUGGGAUGCUUCACAUUCGUCAAAGUAAUGAUGAUUUUGUUCAACAUGCUUAUCUUUCUGGCGGGAGUCACCCUCCUGGCCGUGGGGAUCUGGGUGAGUGUGGAUGGCAGCUCCUUCCUGAAGGUGCUGGGCCCCUUCUCCACCAACGCCAUGCAGUUUGUUAACGUGGGCUUCUUCUGCAUCGCCAUCGGGGCCGUGCUGGUGCUGCUGGGGUUCAUGGGCUGCUACGGCGCUCAGAAGGAGAGCAGGUGCCUCCUACUGCUGUUCUUCGCCGUCAUCCUCAUCAUUUUCAUAGCAGAAGUGGCAGCAGGGGUGGUGGCUUUGGCGUACUCAUCAUUUGCAGAGGGCAUUCUCAAAGCUUGGGCCACCACAGCCCUGAAGGAGCAGUAUGGCAAAGAUCCUGUUGUCACGAAGAUUUGGAACACUACCAUGACUGAACUGAAAUGCUGUGGGUUCACCAACUACACCGACUUCUCGGAUUCCUACUACUUCAGUCAGAACUCUCAGAGCUACCCGCCGACUUGCUGUAAAAAACAGAGCACAUGCAGCCCUACUUAUGCCCAGCUCGGUGAAAUUCAGGGCUGCUUUGAACAACUGCUGACAAUUCUUACGAAGAAUGCAAACAUCGUUGGAGGAAUUGCUGCGGGUGUUUGUGGUAUAGAGGUGGCUGCUAUGGUGGUGUCCAUGUACCUGUACUGCUACCUGGAUAAACACUCCAGAUGAAAAGUGGACAGUGUCAGUUCAACACACGCACAAGGGAUGGUGUACACUGCACACACAGACAUUACUAUUCAUGUCAUGAAUGGCAUGUAUAGGCUGGCUGUCAACAUAAAUGAAAUGAAACAUUAACAUUUACAACACAUAUACAAACCGUUUUGAAGAAAAUCUGUGUAUUCAUGCACAUCUAUGCUAAUAUUAUCUUGGAAGCGGGUCACAAAGGAAUAUAAUGCUGCCUUAUAUAAUAUUUUUGUUCUUUAUAGAUUAUAUUUUUAAAU